AUGAAUUUGGAAGAAUAUCGCAAACAUGGGAAGGAAAUGGUGGAUUACAUCGCCGAUUAUCUGGGAGACAUACGCUCUCGGCGAGUAUACCCAGCGGUCUCGCCGGGAUACUUGAGAAAUAUCUUGCCGUCAUCGGCCCCGGUGGACGGCGAGUCCUGGGACGACAUAUUCGUCGACGUUGAGAAAUGCAUCAUGCCGGGUGUGACGCAUUGGCAGAGUCCGCACAUGCACGCCUACUUUCCGGCCCUGAAUUCACCUGCCAGUCUGCUAGGCGACAUGCUGGCUGACGCAAUAAACUGUUUGGGUUUCACGUGGGCUUCCAGUCCAGCGUGUACCGAGUUAGAAACGAUAGUUAUGAAUUGGUUAGGCAAAAUGAUCGGUCUACCCGAAGAUUUUCUGCAUCGACCGGGUGGUUCCGGCGGCGGUGGCGUCAUACAAACGACGGCAUCAGAAGCCACGUUGGUGUGUUUGCUCGCCGCUAGAAGCAGAGCUAUUAGGGCCGUGCAGGAGAAUGAUCCUGACCGUCUGGCGACAGAAAUCAAUUCGCGACUAGUUGCAUACUGCUCGGAUCAGGCACAUUCAAGUGUGGAAAAAGCUGGACUUAUAGGACUAGUUCGAAUGCGAUAUAUUGAAUCUGACAAUGAAUUAAGCAUGAGAGGAGAUGCUUUACUUGAGGCACUAACGCACGAUCGAGCUGAGGGUCUGCUUCCUUUCUUUGUAUGCGCAACCUUAGGCACUACUGGUGCAUGUUCUUUCGAUAAUCUCAAGGAAAUUGGACCGAUAUGUCAACAAAAUGGUUUAUGGUUACAUGUCGAUGCAGCCUAUGCUGGUAGCGCUUUCGUAUGUCCGGAAUUUCGUGGUUGGCUACAGGGAGUAGAGCUUGCUGAUUCCAUUGCCUUUAAUCCAAGCAAAUGGCUCAUGGUUCAUUUUGAUUGUACAGCUAUGUGGGUAAAGAAUAGUCAAGCGCUACACAGAACUUUUAAUGUUGAUCCGCUAUAUUUAAAGCAUGAAAAUUCAGGUCUUGCAAUCGACUAUAUGCAUUGGCAGAUACCUUUAUCCAAAAGAUUUCGGGCUCUAAAACUAUGGUUCGUUAUUAGGAAUUAUGGAAUUACGGGCUUGCAAAAACAUAUACGAGAGGGCGUGAGGCUGGCACAGAAGUUCGAAGCUCUAGUUUUAGCUGAUGCUCGUUUCGAAAUUCCCGCUGCAAGGCAUCUUGGCAUGGUAGUCUUUCGUCUUCGCGGGGAAAAUACAUUGACAGAACGUUUGUUAAAGAAGCUUAAUUCGCGAGGUCGAUUGCAUUGCGUGCCAGCCGCCUUGCAUGGAAAAUAUGUUAUCAGAUUUACAGUUACCUCGACAAACACGACAAAUGAAGAUAUCUUAAGGGAUUGGGCAGAAAUACGAAGUACUGCUAAGGAAAUCUUGGGUGAUUCUACUCGAUCACCUAUGCGGGCUAGAGUUCCCCUCGCAGAUACGCGACAGAAGAACGAAAAUUUUGGAUCGAGCUUACUAUUAGCCAAUUCACCAAUGUCUCCGAAAAUUGUAAACGGUAGUUUUGCCGCCAUAUAUGAUACGGCUGAUGUAUUUGAAGAAUGCAUGAAAACUUUUGGGAAAAUUCAUCUUGAGACGAGAGAUAGUCCAGCCAUACGUCGUCGCAUCCGUGGAAUAUUAAUGUCAGGCAAGCAAUUUUCAUUGGAUUCUCGUAUGGAUCUUGUUCAAGGAUUUGCUUGCAGCCGUCCACUCUCGGAUGCAGCUUCCGAGUUACCAUUAAUGAAAGAGGAUGAAGAUGCCGGAUUAUGCGAAUCAAUAUCCGACAUAGAUACAAUGGACGAAUCCGAUAAUGAUAAAUCAAUUGUUUAUAAAAAUUUUGAGGAUUCUGAUAAUUCCGAAACAAUUAAGAAAGAAUCAUCCGUCUCAAAAAACGGCUCGAGUUAUACAGUGACAAAUGGUUCGUUCACCAAUGUCGGUGCUGAAGACAACGACAGCACGGUGACUAUUGCUUCAGCCGAUGUAGGCUUUCCUAGAAGUGAAACUAUAGCAGCUAUUGGACAUCGACCUUAUACAGGCGAUUUGCCGCCUAUUCGAGUUUCGAGGGAAAAAUCAAUGGGAAAAAACGAAGACGAUGACAAGAGGGAAUUAUGCAAAAAAUGUGGACACUACUCUAAUCGUCAGUAAUUAGUCUGAAAGUAUUCUUCAUACGAUAAAGAGCGUACACACUCGAAGCUAUUCUUAUAUUUUCGCUGAUCUGUCAAUUUAAAAUUACUUUCACAAUUAUUUGCAUGUUAACGAAUAUUAUUAGCAUAUUAAGUGACAUAUUAAGUUAAAUAGCAAAUAAAUGCAACGUUUUGUUAAAUAAAUUUUAAAGAUCGAGGACAGUAAAAUAAUGAUGCAAUAAUAGAAAAUUAUUAUAAAAGAUUAAUUCUGUACUUUUGUACAAGUGCAUACGGUUUGUUAAGAUUAUUAAUUUAUUGUGUUUAUUAUUAUCUAAGAAUAUUAUUUAUAUUAUGUUUCUUAAAAUAAUUGUAUUUUUACAAGCUAAAUUAUUGCCAUUAUUUUAAUAUCCUAUAAAAAGAAAAAAAAUGGCAUAUAAAAAAAUUAAUAGUUGAUUUAUUUUUAAUAUUUAUGUAGCUUAUGUUAGAAGAAUUGUAGCAAUUGUUAAAACAGAGGAAUAGAGUGCAAUAUUUUGUACGUGACAAACGUAUGAAAUUAAAUAAAUGCACAACAUAAUAAAAUA